CAGAAAAAUAAAUAAUGAAUCAAGGAUUUUGUAUCCAGCCAAACUGAUCUCUAGGUAUAAAGGCCACAGACCAACUAUUACAAACAUCCAAGAACCAAGCGAGCUUUCUGGGGAAUAAGCUUCAGCUGCAGCAUCAGGACAGGCGAAAUCAAGUGACUGCAGGGAGGAAGUCCUGUCAGGAGCUCCAGCUGGAGACACAGGAGGGGCGACGGCACUGGACGGUCUGGUCUCCACCUGGAGACCACAGAGAGGGAGUCCUGUAAAGAAUUCCAGCCGGAGACAUAGGAGGGGUGACGGCACUGGACAGUCUCCACCUGGCGACUGCGGAGAGGGAGUCCUGUCAGGAGUUCCUGCCAGAGACACAGAAGGGGUGAUGGUGCUGGACAGUCUCCACCUGGCGACUGCGAAGAGGAAGUCCUAUAAAGAAUUCCAGCCAGAGAUACAGAAGAGGUGACGGCACUGGACAGUCUCUACCUGGCAACUGCAGAGAGGGAGUCCUGUAAAGAAUUCCAGCCAGAGAUACAGAAGGGGUGACGGCACUGGACAGUCUCCACCUGGCGACUCUUUGGUGCUGGCUGGGUAACAGUGGUCAGCGGUUGUAAAACCACUAGGGUCCAGGGUGGAUCUGACUGAGGCCCCCUGAACCCACUGGUCAGCCCAACAUCACUCCAGUGGGACAGCCAGACUUGAGUCUUCUAGAACCACCUGUGAGAUAAUGCCAAAAAAGGAAGCCAGAUCCUUAGCACGCCUCCAUCUCUGACCGCCUGCGUGCACAGGAACGGCAGGCACACGGAGGGCUGUCCUGAGAAUACUGCCCAGCAAAGCCACAGUUUGGGAACCUGUACAAAACAGAUCGCUUGGAUUUAUCAACAAACAUGUUGGGAAAAAAAAAAAGCACAGGGGUUGUUGAAAAUCAAAAGACCCUUAAAAAGAUCCAUUCCAAAAAAUGCAGCUUUGGACCUUGUCUGGAUCAGGUUCAAACAAGCCACCUGUGGAAAGAUUCCAGUGACAGGAAGAUCUGGACCUGAGUGGCACCAGGGAAUUACUUGUCCGGGUGUCAGAGUGCUGUUGUGGUCAUGCCCUGUUUUGAUAAGUGCUCAUCAGAGAUAAACAGGUGAUCCUUGAACAACGUGGAAGUUAGGGGCUCUGACCCUCCACGCAGUCGAAAUUGCCUGCAACCUGGAGCUGGUCCUCCGUAGCACGGUUUGUCCACGUCCACUGUUCCGCAGCCACGGAUCCAACCAGCCGUGGACUGUGCAGCACUGUAGUGCCUGUUCAGUGACAGAAGUCCGCGUAUGGGUGGACUCGUGAAGUUCAAACUUGUGUUGUUCAAGGGCCAACUGUGUACUGAACUGUUCAUAGGUGAAAAAACACACUGUCUGGGAUUUGCUUUAAAAUGUUCCAUUCACAGAGGAAAAGUGGAAAUUACGUGAAAUGAAAUUGGCACAGUGUUGAACCUGAAUGCUGGAGGCGUGAGGGCUCGUGGCAUAACACUCUUGCAUUUGUGCGUUCGUACAGCUCUGUGAUAAAAACCUCCUCCGCCCCAGUCCAGUGCCUGGAUGCAGGGGAGGGACGUGUAUCGGUGACUCUCGGGCAGCUGGGACUCCCAGGUCCCUCAGGCUGAGCUUAGCAGCCUCUCAACCACCCAUAGCACAAGCCCGCCUACAACAAACGUCAAGGAGGCCACCCCGUGGGCAGAUGGCCCAGCGGCUGCGAGGCAAACAGAAGCAGAAACGCUGAGAAAAUGUGAAAAUGCUGUAACCGGCGUGUCUCAUCUGUGCACAUGUCCAGCCUGCGUCAGUGACUCCUUCCACGCUCCGUCCUUCUUGUAGUUUGCAGUCGGUAGUUUGCUCACCCAUUUCGUGAAUUGCCAGCUGAUCUCCCUGUUCUCCCAGCGUGGUUCAGAACGUCCUGCGUUCUUGGGGAGAGAAAGCUGAGACGGGGCAAAAUCAACAAGGGCGCUGCGGUCGUGCCAAGUCUGCCGCCGCCCUUGUCUGGAGGUGGCUGUGCUGUUCUAGGUGCCUGCCGGGCAUCCCCUCCCACAGCGCCACCCUGAACUUGGCGCCAACCUCAGGGCUGUGCGCAGGAGUGUGAACUAGUUCUGAAAACCCUGGAGGACAGGAAGUAAAGGCAGCGAGAGAGAUUUUCCCCCUGUUCCGGGCCCUGGGUGCAGACGGUCUCCUCAUCGAAUAUGAAGACAUGUUUCCCUACGAGGGCCCCCUGAGGUUGCUGCGGGCCGAGCAUGCGUACAGCCCCUCGGAAAUCAGAGAGAUCCUGCGCCUGGCCGCACUGAACGAGCUGGAGGUCGUCCCCUUGGUGCAGACGUUCGGACACAUGGAGUUUGUGCUGAAGCACGAGGCUCUGGCUCACCUCCGCGAAGUGGCCCUCUUCCCCAACACCCUGAACCCCCACAAGGCCGAGUCCCUGGCACUGGUCGGGGCCAUGAUCGACCAGGUGAUGGGGCUGCACCCGGGCGCGCGGUGGCUCCACAUUGGCUGUGACGAGGUCUACUACCUUGGCGAGGGGGAGACCUCGAGGCGCUGGCUGCAGCAGGAGCCCAACACCAAAGCGGAGCUGUGUCUGUCCCACAUGGAGGCGGUGGCUGGCCAUGUGCUGGCCCAGCACCCCACCACAACGCCCCUGGUGUGGGACGACAUGCUACGGGACAUCCCUGAGGACCAGCUCUCAGCAUCCAGGGUGCCGCAGCUGGUGGAGCCCGUGCUCUGGGACUACGGUGCCGACCUGGACGUCCAUGGCAAGGCCCUCCUCGUGGAGAAGUACCAGAGGAGCGGCUUUUCACAGCUGUGGGCCGCCAGCGCCUUCAAGGGGGCCACGGGGGCCAGCCAGGCCCUGACCCCAAUCGAGCACCACCUCCAGAACCACAUGCAGUGGCUGCAGGUGGCGGGUGGCGUGCCGGCGGGCUCGCUGAGGGGCAUCGUCCUGACCGGCUGGCAGAGGUACGACCACUUCUCCGUGCUGUGUGAGCUGCUGCCCGUGGGCAUCCCGUCCCUGGCUGUCUGUCUGCAGGCACUCCUACAUGGAGGCUUUGCUGAAAACGUUAAAACCAGAGUGGAGAAGCUUCUCGGGAUCCCAAGCCUGGAGAUGACGGAUUUUGCGAGCGAGGGGGCCGGCUCUUUCCCGGGCAGCGACAUCCUGGCCCUCGUCACCCAAGUCAGCCUGCACCUGCGCGACUCCGUGGAUGCGCUGCUGGAGAGGGACAGGUACGUGACGGGCUGGUUCAGCCCCUACCAUCGCAGGCGGAAGCUCAUCCACCCCGUCGUGAUCCAGCACAUCCAGCCGCAGGCACUCAGUCUCCUGACCAGGUGGAGUGCCCUCCGGGAGGAGCUGGAGGCCGCCCUGCAGCGUGUCUUCUACCCGGACACGGUGGAGGAAUGGCUGGAGGAGAACAUGCAGCCCAGCCUGCGGCGGCUGCAGACUCUGCUGGAGGACCUUGGUGAGGCAGCCAGCCCGGGCGGGACGCAGGCCAGGCCCCCUGCGGGAAGUGCCGAGCCUGGGCUGGCGGCCUCCCUGCCCUCGUCCAGCUGCCCCCAGCCCAGCACGCACUCCUGCUGACCAGUGGCCCUGGGAAGAAAACAGCUUGGGGGAAAAGGCACACCAGGCCUGUUUUGUGGU